AUGUCUCUACGAUCUUUUGACAUGAACGAUGAUGCAUACGAUAAUGCAAGUGACAUCGAUGGAAUGAUUCAAGUUGCUUCUGAUGAGCAUUCCGCCACAUCGCUCAUACUUGCCAAUCUAGUGGCCCGACGAAUGCGCGAAUUCCAAGAGAACGACGACGAUUUUACCGGUUCUGGGACUGCUCCAACAGAUCUCCUGUCAAGUCUUAGCUCAAAUGAUACCGAUGAAGUUACCCACGAAUUUCUACGGAACAUAGCCUAUUCCAUGGAUCUUACGACCAUGCCUGAAAACUUGCUGCUUUUGGCUUUCCCUAUGCUGCUGCAUGUUGAUACAAAACUUCCAACCCCCGAGGACCUUCAUGCUCUACAUGAAUUCGCUGAAGCAUCGCCAAUGCAUCGAGAGCAUGUAGAAACAUGGUUGAGAUCUGAACCAGCUCAAAGCACACUUGAACAAGUUUUCAAGCCAUGGAUGAACUACUACAGCUUCAAACCUGCGUACCAAUGCAAAGACGAGAUUGCAGCUUACAAAGCUAGCAGAGAUGGUGUUGGUUUUAAUUAUGCGUAUGAAUUUGUGAAAGAAUGUCAAUGUAUAAGCUGUCUCUCACUUCUCGGCAAUCUUGGGUUGAUUGAUUUCAGGAACUACGACCAAAAUGGCAGGAGCUUCCUCCAUGCGGCCAUUUCAGGCGGAGAUGCCGAAAGUGUAAUGUUCAUUGUCGCUAUCUUGCUGAAAGGAGACCUGGAUCCUCGGCACUUUCCCACGUCUAUCGAUGGGAUGUCCAUCCCCCACCAUGUCGCUUUAAUGCACGACAAUGACGUCUUUAGAGGAGUCACCGAAUUGCUAGAAGAUGCAGGCUACCCUCUAUCUGUGUGGAACGAUGAUGGCCUCAAGCUCGAAUUGUGCAGCUUCAUCACUCCUGAAAUGGCCGAACGGCUCCUGUCGAAGGGAUUCAAUAUCACCAAGCUCCCGAGAAAUACACUUCCAAUGUAUCUGCCCGACGAGGAUGAUCCCGAAAUAUGGCGAUCCUACCAUCCGGGGGAAGACUUUGACCCGGACAAUGACAAGCUCGACCCAAAAUCGAUUCCAUAUGAUGCUAUUGCAGUCAAUCCCAUCGAGCUCCAUCCCACCUCUCGAACCAUCUGGCACCGGGCAAUUGAGAACCCCCAUGGUCCACGAAUCCUCGACUGGCUGUUGGAUCACUCGUAUACCCAACCAGGGUGUCGGACGGACUUCGACCGCGACACCGGUGAGACUGCUCUGGUAGCAGGAGCAAGAGGAGGCGAGCCAGCAGGCAUUGAUUGGUUCUGUCAACACUGUGAUCCCAUGGCGGGACGUGUCCGAAGCUCCCAGGAUACCGAAGGCAAUGAGACCACGGGUGCCUAUGCGUUACAAGUAGCAGCUCACAACCUGCAGCCAUAUUGCGAUGUCAUUUUUAAAAGGCUUUUGCGUCACGUCGACCACAAAUUUUACUGGGAUGUUUCUAUAAUCAAGGGUUUAUAUUGGUUGAUUAUCAAGAAUUAUCGAGAUAUGUACCAAAGGUUGGAAGAUCAUAAGGAGCCCGGCCGCGAGAGAGCUCAGCAGAUGACUCUCUUACGUUCCCUCACCUCGGCUAAAAUCAAAGCGUUGAGUAACAAAAUCGAGCCGUUCUGGGAUACAUGGGGGCCAUCUGAACAGCGGAAUUGGCUUAUUCAGUACUGUACGAUUCUUAGGUUGAAUUUCCUGGUGAAAGAUUUAAGUUCGGAUGUUUGGGAUGAUUCUGAUUAA